GGACGGUCACGAACUCGGGACGAAGCCACCAACCAGCUCGCUGCUGCCUCCCCCGCUGCCAUGGCGACCUCGACCUCCCUCCUCCCCCCUCUCCUCCGCGCCCCUGCCUCCCGCCACCGUUUCCACCCCUCCCCGUCCGCAUCCCCCCGCCACCUGCGCCUCUCCCCUGCUACUCGCCUCCUCCGCGCCGCUCGGCGACGGCACCCCGAUGCCGUCGUCGUCGUCCCGGACGCCCGCCCCUGGGUCGGCGAUCUCUCGGGCGCCACCGCUUCCUACCGGAAAGGCGGGGAAGAGGACGAAGACGACACGGACGCGGACGACGACGAGGAGGAGGACCGCAGCCUGGACCUACUGGCCCGGUUCCUGCACUCCGUGUUCAGGAAGGCCUCUCGCCGCGCGCGCCGCGCCGCCAGGUCCGUGCUGCCGCCUUCCGUCCCCGCCGAACUGGUCAAGUUCUCGGUCAAUGGCGUGCUGGUCCUGACGUUCUUAUGGAUCCUGAAGGGUCUUCUCGAGAAGGGUGGACCUAGCGCAGUGGUAGAGACUCCCCACUUGUGGCCUGGAGGUCCUGGGUUCGAAACAACCUCUUUGCAGCAUUUUAAAGGAAUUUUGCAAGGGUGGUCUGCACAUUUGGAAGCAUGGUGUUUGCAAGCAUCCUUCUGGUUCGAGGAAUAUGGUCUGGGGUGACUUAUAUAAGAGAAAAUCGGUACAACUAUAUUCACCGGAUCGACAACGAUGAUAGCCGAUGGAGCAGAGUACAGACAGCUGGUUGAUAUUUUGCUUUCCUUCUCUGUGGACAGACACACACAUACACCCUGCAUUGGCAGGCUCUAGAAUAAAAAAAAAAUAUAAGAGUUACUAAUGAGAGAGAAUGCUCCCAGUUCAUUGCCAACUAGGAUGAUUGCUAUUGCUAUUACCCCACAGCUGAACCGGAAUGAAACAAAUCCACACGUACCUGAACAGAAUAAAUGGUUCCUCUCGACCUGGGCGCGUUGAGGAUUGAUGCUUGAGUUGGUGGGAGCUCAUAGGCGCAGGAAAAAAAAAGAAAUGAAAUUGCGCUGAAGAAUGUUUGCAGUUCUGUUCGCGUUGCAUUUGGAGGUGCCUGGCUAGCUAGGCUUGUUUGCAUGUAUGAGUAUGACACGUAAGCAGCCGAGGUAGUUGCAGAUAUUGAAGAACUCAUGCUUGUUGUAUGUGCAGAAAACUCUAUUGGUUUUAGAGUGCUGGGCACCUCGAUCUGAUUUCGUCACGCAGAGAAACACGGAUUGUAUCCGAUGUUUCAGUUGACCGUUCUGAGAUGUAAUGAACUUGGCAGCGGAAGUCCCGCUUCCGGGGUUGUCUUCA